CCGGGGGGAGGGGCGGGGCUACGGUACACAUGCGCGGUGCGCGCCGGAUGUUGGCCAAUCAGGGGGCGGCGACGCACGUCACGCAGGGCCCGGGUCAGGCGAAGGAGCCGGAGCGGCAGCCGGGGGUGGGGGGAGAAAAAACGGCCUGUUUCCGCUUCCCUUCACUGCUUUGGCUGGACACCUUCGCACCCUCAACACCUGCCUCCGGCCUCUCCCUGGUUUUGUGCGGUGUUUUGUUUUUCUCCCGGCCCCCCAAACUCCUGUCCCAUUAACCGGUGAGGUUCCGUCCGUAUCCGGGGAGGGGAGCCCGCCCGCAUCGACGCCGGCCUCUCGAACGACGGUUGGUCCGCGUACGCGUUGACAGCUUCGCUGAUUGGACGGAGCCCGACGUCAACCUGUUCGCCGAUUGGUUGCUGCCUCCCGCGGCGUUUGGCCAUUGGACGGUAUUCGGGGGUCGCUGGUUGGGUGGAGCCUUUCGUGAGCGCGCUCACCGAUUGGUGGAAUCGAAGCCUUGGGGCGAUUGGUUGUCGUAUAGUAAACGGAGCCUUCGUUUGCUGAUUGGUCGACGUUGAACGUCUUCGUGGGUUGGUUGUCGUCGCAGAGGCUCGUUCGUUGAUUGGGGGACGCUGACCCCAUCGCUGAUUGGAUGGCGAUGGCGCCGCUUGGAGUCUUGGCGCUCGUGCUGUAUCUGAACUGCGCAGGCGCCUUGGAGGUGAAGCGGCCCCAGGGGGUCUCCCUGUCCAAUCGGCACUUCUAUGAUGAAACCAAGCCGUUUACAUGUCUGGAUGGCUCCAAGACCAUUCCGUUUGAUGAAGUGAAUGAUGACUACUGUGAUUGCAAGGAUGGCUCGGAUGAACCAGGAACAUCUGCUUGUCCGAAUGGUAGCUUCCACUGCACUAAUGCUGGCCACAGACCUCGUUACAUUCCAUCCUCUCGUGUGAACGACGGCAUUUGUGAUUGCUGUGAUACAACAGAUGAAUACAACAGUGGUGCUUCGUGUGAAAAUACCUGCAAGGAACAAGGCCGCAAAGAGAAGGAAACCUUGCAGAGAAUGGCUGAAGUGGCCAGGGAAGGAUUCCGACUGAAGCAGCAGCUCAUUGAAGAAGCAAAGAGAAAUCGGGAAGAGAAACAGCAAAUGCUCACCGAGCUACAGAAGAAGAAGGGAACCUGGGAAGUGCAGGUUGAAUCACUGAAGGCAAUAAAGGAAGCAGCAGAGAAACCUGAGGAGGAGGCCAAAGAAGUUCAUAAGAAAGCAUGGGAAGAGGUCCAGGCCGCACGUAAAGCAGAGAGGGAGAAGGCUAAGGCCGCUGAAACAUUCAGGGAGCUGGAUGACAACGAGGAUGGCUUCGUUUCAGUAAAUGAAAUUCAGACUCAUGCAGAGUUGGACAGCGAUGGAGAUGGUGUGGUGUCUGAGCCAGAAGCUGAGAGUUUGCUGGGAGGUCUCAAUCAAGUUGAUCUUAGUGGCUUCCAAGAGUCAAUCUGGGCAGGUAUUCGAGACAAGUACAAGUCUGAGGCGGUAAUUGAAAGCCCACCACCUGCGGAGGUUCCUGUGGAGGAGGGGGCAGACAGCCAACCGAAAUCUCCCCGGGAAGAAUGGAGGAAGGAUGACCACGAGGAGGAGGAGGAUGGUGGCGGCGAGGACCGAGAUGAUGACGAUGAUGACGAGGACGAUGACGAGGAAGAUGAUGAUGGAGGCGAAGAAGAUUAUAAGGACCAACAAUCUUCAUAUUUCUCGGAAAGGCAUGAGGCAGAUGAUGAGAAAAUGCCACCAUAUGAUGAUGAAACACAGGCUCUGAUUAAUGCUGCCGAUAAAGCACGCAAUGAGUUCACCGAAGCGGAGAAAUCGCUGAGGGAAGUGGAGAAUUCGAUCGGGAGUCUGGAGAAGGAGCUUACCAUUGACUUUGGACCUGAUGGAGAAUUUGCAUAUAUGUUUAACCAGUGCUAUGAAAUGGCAACAAAUGAGUAUGUCUACAAGCUCUGCCCCUUCAGUAAAGUGGCACAAAAACCAAAGCACGGAGGUUCAGAAACCAGUCUUGGAGUCUGGAGCUCAUGGGCUGGAGCAGAGAGCAACAAGUUCAGUGCGAUGAAGUAUGAGCAUGGUACUGGCUGUUGGCAGGGGCCAAGCAGGACCACUCUGGUUAAGCUGUCCUGCGGCAAAGAGACGGUUGUGCUGUCCACUUCAGAGCCCAGUCGCUGUGAAUACCUGAUGGAGUUUUCGACACCAGCCCUUUGCCACGAGGAGGUGAAUGGGGAAGGAACAGAGCACGACGAAUUGUGAGGAUUGGGCUAGUGGCCUUAACAGGUUGUUGGAACCUGAUUGGUGAAGAAACACAAAGAUGGGUUUGCUGGAACCUGCAGCACUGUUGACCCCAGCAGGCCUCCCUCCGGUUUGGACCAGUUUAUUUUUUUUUUAAUUGAAGCCCUUCUCUCUCUGGGCACUUUUUCCAAAAAUGAUAUCUUUCCUCUGAGAGAAGAUUUUUUUUUUUCAUCGUCGAUCACUUGGAACUAAAUCACAGCUCUGCAGAACUCUUUUUUUUUCAAACUGAUAUGCAGUCAUUCUCUCCUCCUCCUCCUCCUCCCCCCCUCCACCUCCCACGUCUGUGAGACACGGUGACUCAGCUCAGUACCCAGUGUCAACCAACACGCUGCUUACACAGUGAAAUGCAGUUGACAUUUUUUUCUUUAAAAGGCUUGGUAAUAAGAUUUGCAGGAGGCAGUCCGCCCGGCUGCUUUCAGAGGCUGCGUGUGUGCGCAGUUGGCUAUUUAUGUCCCUCUUGGAAAUGCGUCGUGCUUUUGGAAACGCAACCUGUUUCGGGUCUGGCUUCGGGAGUCUGCGCUUCUGUAAUUUCUGGUUUAUGGGGAUUCUUUCAAGCGUGUGCGCGGUCUUUCGCAUGCCCUCCCUCGCACCCUCUCACCUCCCCUUUCGUGGGCACCAGGCUCUGCGCUCUGUUAAUGAAUUCCAAAUGUGAAAUGAUUUAAUAACCGCCACUGUGUUUUUUGCCAAUGUGAUUUCUUUUCGUUUCAAAAGUAGCUCCCCACCUCCCCUCCCCUCCAAAUACCGCCAGUCUGUUCCCCGGAUUGUUGUUGUUGAAGACUCCCACACUGCCCACCAAAUCCCUCCCUUUUUUGUUGUUGUUGUUGUUAAUAAAUUGCUUAGUAACUUUGUAGACUCCCUGUCUGGGAAGACCAGGGCAUUUUGGGGAAGGGAGUGUCAGUAUUUCUCAGUACACAGCUAGCUGGAGUCAGGCAGAGUGAAACUGAUUCCCAGGUAUGGGUCCCUCACCCCCACCCCCCAAACCUCCUUCAGGGCAAACAUUUCUUUCCUUCUUGUUGUUUUGUCCAGUUGGUGUUUCACAUUGACAGUCAGAAGCCAGCAGUUGUACACAAUCGAGGAUAUGUGACAGUAACUGUUCGACUGAUUUUACAGCUUAAUGGAUUUGGAGUCUUGUGGACUGGUGGCUGAAUACUGCUUCCCUCAAAAAGCUCAGAGUCCCUUCCCCUCCGUCGGGUACUGGAGGUGAAUGGGAUUCAGGUGCUUACCCAGGCAUCUUUUAUCUCCACUUCAAUCAAGCCCAGCUUUUGUAUUCCUCCCUUUGGCUGUGACCAAACAAUAGUGUAUUAAACAUUUUUUGAAUAGGA